AGCCCCAGGACCAGCCUGCUUCUCCAGGUUCAUCUCUCUGUAGGUGAUGGCAUUGUUAUGGAAAGUUUGGCUCCAUCUAGUAGGCAAUACCAGCGUGACCCCACCACCUCGUCCCUACUUACUGCGUGGCGUCAUUAGAAAGCGCCCUACAACGGCUAUUAUAGCAUUAUUUUUUUAUUUACCUCAAGCUGCGUCCCGCAAUGGAAGUAAACAGGGACGAAGCAGAGCGUUGCAUUGACAUUGCAACUGCUGCAUUAACAAAUAAUCAAGCAGAGAAGGCUGUUAGGUUUCUAGAAAAGGCACAGAAACUUUUUCCGACGGAUAAGGCGAGAGCACUGCUGGACUUGAUUGCAAAAAAUGGUUUCACCCCUGGUCAUGACAACCAGUCAACCAGUGAUGGCACUGGGCCAAGGCAGCGAAGACCAGGGGAGGAGGACCAAGGAGAGAAGGCCUCGCAGACAGCCAAAUCCUACACCUCAGAUCAACUGGAUGCUGUCAAGAAAAUAAAACAGUGUAAAGACUUCUAUGAGAUUCUUGGAGUGAAGAAAGAUGCGUCCGAAGAUGAUCUCAAGAAGUCAUAUCGAAAAUUAGCGUUGAAAUUCCAUCCCGACAAAAACCACGCACCAGGUGCCACUGAGGCGUUUAAAGCUAUUGGAAAUGCCUAUGCCUGCUUGAGUAAUGCUGACAAGAGGAAACAGUAUGACCAGUGUGGUGAGGAGAAGAGACAUCCGUCAAGACAGGGCCAGACCAACGGCGACUUCCAGGCCGAUAUUUCACCCGAGGACCUCUUCAAUAUGUUCUUCGGAGGGGGUUUUCCAGCAAGCAACGUUCAUGUAUACAGAAAUGGGCAUCAGAGACCAGCGGGACAACGGGGACAACAGAGAGAGGGAGGCUUUGCGCUCUUUGUCCAGCUGCUGCCCAUCGUCAUCCUAGUGGUUGUGUCAGCUCUCAGUCAGAUGAUGGUCUCCGCCGCCCCCUACAGCCUCAGCUUCAGGCCGUCUAUUGGACACACCCACAAGAGGUACACGGAGACCUUGAGGGUGCCGUACUAUGUGGGAGACCACUUCUCCAGGGAGUACAACGGACUGAAUCUGAAGACUGUGGAGAGGAGUGUGGAGGAUGACUACAUCUCCAACCUCAGAAACAACUGCUGGAAGGAGAAACAACAGAAGGAGGGCCUGCUGUAUCGAGCUCGCUAUUUUGGAGACAAUGAGUUGUACCAGAGGGCUCAGAAGAUGGGCACACCGAGCUGCUCCAGGCUGUCUGACAUCUCCGUUUCCUUGGGUGGUUAAAUAUAAAGGAAGGCUGUUGAUCGCCACACUGAUAGGUAGUUAUAUCGAAACCGCAAAAACAAUUUUAUUGCCUGUAAAUACGUACGCUUUUCAACAUUCGGGACUGUGACUUCACUGCACACCAAAACUCGGACAGACUCUCUCUCCUUGAGUUGGAGAUCUCGUAUGGCGAAGAAGAAGAAGAGAAUGAAUGACCUAAAGUCUUGUUGAGGAAGAAUGAAUGCCCUCUUUGUUGAUGAUCAUGGUGAUGUGUCACGAAGUGACUGCUCUGUUACAAGCUGACUGUUUUACAAAUGCACUGUUAGGGACUCCUGCUUUUACCCUCUUACGUCCUAAAUGGCACACUAUUUCCUAUAUAGUGCACUAUUUUUUUUCUUUUUUUUUAUCCGGACCCAUAGGGCUCUGGUCACAAGUAGUGUAGCAUAUAGAGAAUAGGGUGCUAUUUUGGAUACACCCUCGAGUCAGAUGAUGUAAGGGCGGUGUUAUAAUCAGGAAAAACUCUGAUCAGAAGUGGUUCGUUAUAGAUGUCCUCCUUUAGCAGGUGAUACUUCCGAGAUAUUCAUCUUUUUAUUUCGAUCUGGUGAAAACACAGAAGAAUGGUUAAUACCAAUUGAAGCUGAUGACAGUUGGUUUCCUGAUUUAUACUUUAUACAUAAAUUAUGAUUUUUACUAUGCAGGGAUUAUAUUUAUAUAUUCUCCUAUCAGAGUCAGUAAGGUAAACAUACACCUCUCAAGACAUGUACUGAGCAAUUUUAAUUUUGCAGACCUAUGUAUUUAAAAUGAGUGAACCCAGUGACUGAGAAAGUAAUUUAUUUAUUGUUGGGAUUCUAAAAUAUCAAAAUGUUUUUAAUCAAGAUUUUCUUCAUUAGAACACAACGGCUAUCUAAUAAAGUAGGUCUUGCUCAAGAUGACACGUCCAUAUUAUGUUUUUACUCAAACAGGGAAAAUAAAUAUUCUACGUGCCCCAUC